UUGUUACGCAAAUGUGAUACUUUCAGGCUAUCAACAUGUUGCUAGUUUAGUUAUUCAUAUUCUGCUAGCUUAAUUUUGAUAAACAAAGUUCGAUGAGCCUGAUCAGGAGAUAAGUUUAAUGACUUCAAUAUUUGCCCAUCAAUUUAACAGCAAUUAAAUUUACCCAGAGAAGCCCAUUGAUGCCUCGAGGCACAAACAAGAGAUCAACAACUCAACCAGAGUUUACUCCUUUACUUUCUCCAUUUGUCAUCGGGUAUAAAAGCAUCUUGCUGUAGUUCCUUCAUCAUCAUUUCUCAAGUAUUUUAUUUCGGUUAAGAGUUCCAAUACAACAUUAUAACCAUGAACUGUGUAUCUUCAGCCGCUAUUUUCACCCUUCUACUCAUCAGCUUCGUACAGUGUCGACCAGCUUAUGAUGGAGCAAUUGCUUAUUUAGUGCCAGUGGGUCCAGUUGGUCCAUUAGGGCCAGUCGGUCCAGGACAUUUCCCUGGUGCACCAUCAGGUGGAUCUGGUUUUGGCGGCGGUGGUGGAGCCUCAUUCAACACUGGUCCAUACAGAGUAUCAUACGGACAAGGUAUGGGCGGAGGAUUUGGUUUUGGUCCAAAUGGAGCUGGAUCAGGAUUUGGUGCUGGAUCGGGAUAUUCAAUCAAUGGACCUGGAAUAAACGUUGCUCAAGGACAAGGCUUUGGAGGUGGAUCAGGCCAAUCAUUCGGUUAAAAUAAAGAUCCUUUGAAUCCAUUAAUUAAGUAAAGACAAACCGACUUCAUGCAUUUCCAUGUUAAUUUCAUCGUCAUAAAGCAAAUUGUGAUACACUUGAUAAGAAAACGAUUGAUGAUAAUAAAAACUGCUUUAAUCUAAACAUUAAA